AUGUGCGCGGACGAAGACCCCCUUGCUGUCGAUGAGCAUGCUCAGGACGACACUGAUGCUGACUCCGCCAUUGGAGACGACAAUGCUAGUGAUACUACGUCGCUAAGAUCGAGUAUUUUGAGAUACCGUGAGGAAAAUGGCAGGACUUAUCAUGCUUACAAGGACGGAGCUUAUGCGCUUCCUAAUGACGAGAUUGAGAACGAACGACUAGAUCUCCAACAUCAUCUCUUUCUACUCACUUUCGACGAAAGACUGCACACAGCUCCUUUACCUAAGACCCUCAAUCGCGCUUUUGAUGCGGGCUGUGGCACUGGAAUCUGGGCCAUCGAGUUUGCUGAUGAGCAUCCCGAGUGCGAGGUCAUCGGCGUCGACUUGAGUCCGAUUCAGCCUGCGGCCAUUCCACCCAAUGCCUCCUUCUACGUAGACGAUCUAGAAGAGUCAUGGGACUACUCCAACAAAUUCGACUUUGUCUUUGCUCGUUUUCUCACAGGUUCUAUUCUUGACUGGCCCAAGUUCUUCAGCGAAAGUUACAAGAACGGCAUCCCGACUCCCUUGCAGCUAUCAAAUAGUCUAAUACAUAUUAACAGGAACCUCAACCCUGGAGGCAGAAUAGAGAUGAUCGACAUCAUCUACCCUCUCCUCUCCGACGAUGACACUCUUAAAAAAGACUCAGCACUAUCCAAGUGGUCGGAGCUUCUUCACGACAUCUUUACCAAGAACGGUCGUGGCAUGGAUAGCGCGCUGAAGUACAAGGACCAACUCGAAGAAGCUGGUUUUAUUGAUGUGAAUAUCGUCAAGCGCAAAUGGCCUUUAAAUCGAUGGCCUAAAGAUCCCAAGCAUAAGCAGAUUGGUACCUGGGCCCAGCAGAACACUUUGGAUGCUCUAGCAGCUUUGAGUCUAGCUGUCUUUACACGUCCUGACGGCCAGGGUGGACUUGGCUGGAGUAAAGAAGAAGUUGAGGUUUUCCUGACUGAUGUGCGAAAGGAUAUUAAGAAUGUCAACAUUCAUUCCUACUGGCCAAUCUGGUCGGUGUAUGCUACAAAGCCAUAA